AUGGCGGAGGCGAUCAUCGGGCCUCUGGUUGGGAGGCUGCAGGAGGUGGCCGUCGGCGAGGCCCGGGCGCUGGUGGGGGUGAACGCCGACAUCCACCGGCUCCGGGACAAGCUCAUGUGGCUGCAGGCCUUCCUCCGCGAGGCCGACACCAGGCGCCGGGCCGUCACCGACGAAGUCACCAGGGUCUGGACGCUGCAGACGCGGGACGCCGUCUUCGACGCCGAGGACGCCCUCGAUCAUUACCAUCUCCAUGUGGACAUGUCCAGGUACCCAAGGUGGGCUCGUCCUACUAUGAUAUAUCUUGAAACAUUCACAAUUCAAGUACGGAUGAGACGCGGCCUAUCUAGAAAAAUUAGAGCCAUCAACAUGAGGCUUGAUGGCAUCAUUGAAAACAAAGAUAAAUACAAGAUAGAGGAUUCCAACAAGAAGACAGAUGUGACAUGGAAACCUUCUACCUCAACAUCUAUAAAUUACACUCAUAGAAAGUUGGAUGAUGUCCAUGAUUCAGAUGCGGUGAUAAAUGUGGAGGAGCACAAACAAUUAGAGUAUGCCCUUGUUAAUAACCUAACUGAACACCAAGUGGGCAAAGAACACUAUCCAGUCAUGAUCACUGUGUCCGGAGAAAGUGGUAUUGGCAAGACAACUCUUGUGAGAGACAUAUACAAAAAAAUGGAAAAGAAGAAAGUGUUUCAAGUGCAAGCCAUGGAAAGUUUUGCACCUUAUUUGACUGCUCCCAACAUCCUUCAACAAAUUACUCAGCAACUGACAGAAGACGACACGAAUUGCCCUAAAGAAAAGGCACAGAAGAUGCUGCAAAACAAAUUGAAAAAUAAGAAAUACUUGCUCGUGAUAGAUGGUGAAGUCAGUGGUACUGAGUGGAAGCACUUUUUGACUAGCAUCCCAGUUGGCACUAGGGGUAGUAGAGUAGUGCAUAUCACACAAGGUCUUGUGCAAACCAAGGUGUUCCCAAGUGAGUGGGUGAAGAUAGAAGAAGCACAUGAAGCAAGCUUCGUGGAGGUCCAUAGCCAUGAUGAUAUCCCUACAUUAACUAGUGCUCGCCGCCUCUCUCUACGUAACUACACCGACAAAUAUGCUGUCCUAGCCCAUCCAUUGCCAAAGCUACGAUCCAUCUUCUCUCAGUAUGAGCAAGAGCCUAAUAAAGAUCUUGAAGAAGUUUCGGAGGAGCUGACUUUGGAAAGGACACUAGGAGAGAUGAUCCAUCUUGAGUUCUUGUCAAUCUGGCAUAUCUCACAUGUCAAUGUGAAAGCUCUUUCUGGUGCUCUAGACAAACUUGAGAGCCUUAGGACCCUGAUCUUAGAAGGUAAAAUUAUUCCUUCAAAUGUCUUCACCACCGCUUCCCUCCGACGUGUCAAGUUUAUGUUCCUAAGUGGGGAUCUGGUACAUUCAUCUGAUCUAGAUGAUAGUGAAUUCUUUUGUCUCCCUAAUCUCAUCAUGCUUUCUCUGGAGAAAACAUAUGUGACUCAGGAAUUCAUUAACAAGCUGUCUGAGCUGCCAUUUCUUGCCACCCUUGCAUUGUACCCUGGCUCGUACAAGGACAAGAAACUUGUAUUUGCUUCAUCCAAAUUUCCACGCCUCAAAAAGAUCAAGAUGAUUGACGUGGAAGUGCUGGAGAUUGUUGAAGUUGAGGUGAGCAUGGUUCCUGAGCUCAAAGAGUUGGAAAUUCACUCCCCAUUCACAGGUUGUUAUCAUGAUAUUGACCUGGGUAAUGACAAGAAACGUUCUCAAAAAACAAGGAUCGUGGUUGAUCUUAAGAAAGAGAAUAAUUAUGUUCAUGAAGAAAAUGAUGAUAUGUCUGAAUGGUGGAUGAUAUUCGAAUGA